AUGGAAGAGACGCCGGCAAGCUCAUCUCAGAUUUUGUCGCAGUUUGAUAAUGAAGAAGACGAUGAAAAUGAAGAAUAUGUUACACCUGACGCGGUUAUUAAGCGAAUGACACAAUGGUGGCAAAAUGAGAUGGCUUCGCCGUGCCUUCUACCAACUCAGAUGGAACUUGUCGAUAUUCUUCUUGACCAAAUUCAAGGGAUGGAAGAAAAUAUCGGAAGGCAGAAAGACAAAGUUCAACUUCGCAUUUCAAUUCAUAAGAUGGAACUGCAACGAAUUAGUUUUAUGACGUCAGAUUAUAUUCGAUGUCGGUUAAGGAAAAUAGAGGCGAAUCCCAGAAGUGUUAUCGAAGAACAUCAAAAGAGAUUGGAAGAAGGUUUUUUGAAACGACAACCGGAAUUAUUGUCGGAAUCGGAAUUAAAAUUUGCUAAAGAAUACGCGGAUGCAGAAGCCCAAUUAUUCGGCAAAACAGUCCUUGGCUUCAUGCCGGCAGCGCUCCAGAAAAUUCCAGUACCUAUGGAUGAUUUAUCUACGGAAUUUUCAUUCAUUCGAGUUCUAGAGGACAACGUCGAAAAUGUAUCUGUGCCAGAUUGGUCCGAUCCAAACUCCGAAGUGAUCCUCGAAAUGACGAAGAACUCUAUUCACUUGAUUCCAUUCAGCUCGAUUAGACACCUUGUCGAGGAAGGAAAAAUUGAACUUUUAUAA